GAAUUUUACGAUCGGGGAAUAAGAGAUGAGGAAGAUAUCCCGGAUAAUGUGAAAAUUCAAGACAAUGAGUAUAGGGAAGAAAUAGCAGAUACUUGUGAGUCGAACGAUGCUGGAACAAGCAAUAAUAUAAAUGAAUUGGACAAAAACAGCAUGCCUGGAUCUGAUCAUGCUCCAACUUUACCUCACGAA